UUCGUCUCUUUUCUUCUUCUAUUGUUCUCUCUCUCCUCUGCUUCCUUUACUGUUUAAACAACUCUCCACUUUCCACUUCGCCUCCAAUUUCUCUCUCUAACAAGUCCAUUCUCCCUCUCUCUUUUUGAGUUCUAAAAUCCUUAACACAGAGUCACCAACACCACUGAGCUUUUGUUUUCUGUUUUGAACAUGGGUUUUUGGUGGGUUACUUGAGAUUGUGUUUUUGCAUGCUUUACAUGUUUGCGGAUUUUCUUUGGGUAUUGAUGAAUUUUGGUUAUGGUUUGGUGCUUGUGAAUUUUUUCAUGAAUUUUGGAUAUAAUUUUUUCUCAGAUUCAAAUCCUAAGUUUCAUGCCUUCUUUGAGCAUAUUUUGUUGUUUAUGCUGUAGGACAGGACCAGUAACGCUAUCUACCCUUUUUCGAUGUUGAUUUUUUCAUUUGUUUUUGUUUUGGUCUUGACGCUAGAAAGAAGAGUUAGAUCAAAAGGAGGUAAAUAAUGGCCCGAACCCAUGGAGCAAGCUAGCCGCCAGUUAGUUCCAAACGGCAACGUCUCAUAGAUCGAACUCAAAACCCUGGAGGUUUAGUCAAGGGAGAGAAGAACGAAAGUGUCAGUUCUUGCGUUUAUCAUCAACGGUUGGUUGUUUGUCGGUUCUUUCGGGUGCAAACCUAGCUUGGUAAAGAUGGAAUACGUGAGCCCUGAAGGACUCCGCUUGGACGGUCGCCGUCCGAUGGAAAUGAGACAAAUUCGUGCAGAGAUUGGUACUGUGGCCAGAGCUGAUGGUUCUGCUGUUUUUGAGAUGGGCAACACCAAAGUCAUUGCAGCAGUAUAUGGCCCUAGAGAGGUGCAAAAUAGGAGCCAACAAAUUAGUGACCAGGCACUGGUGCGCUGUGAGUACAGUAUGGCUAAUUUUAGUACUGGAGAUCGCAGGAGGAAACCAAAGGGUGACAGGCGGUCAACAGAGAUAUCUCUUGUCAUCCGUCAAACAAUGGAAGCUUGCAUAUUGACUCACCUAAUGCCUCGUUCUCAGAUAGAUAUAUUUGUUCAAGUUCUUCAAGCUGAUGGAGGAACUAGAUCUGCAUGUAUCAAUGCUGCGACUUUAGCCCUUGCAGAUGCUGGGAUUCCAAUGCGUGAUAUUGUCACUUCUUGCAGUGCUGGGUAUCUAAAUAGCACUCCUUUGCUUGAUUUGAACUACAUUGAAGAUAGUGCUGGAGGCCCUGAUGUCACUGUAGGAAUCUUACCUAAGUUGGACAAAGUGACUCUUCUUCAGAUGGAUGCUAAGUUACCUUUGGAUAUCUUUGAAAAUGUCAUGGGACUUGCAACUGAAGGCUGCAAGGCUGUAGCAAACUACAUUAGAGAAGUACUACUAGAGAACACCAAGCAACUGGAGUAUCGCCGCGGUUUAUAGUUUAUAAGCAGUGUCAGAAAAAAAUUAAUCGAUUGUUGACAUAUCUGAUCGAUUUGACAAAAUAUACUAUAACAUUGCACUAAUGUUCAGAUGCUAAAUCUCUAUUCCAACUUUUGAUCUUUUAUAAACCAUUAUGAUUGUUUUUUUUUUGGGGUUGAAAUUUGCUCUCUUAUUAUUAUUUAUU